GGGGCGCGACCGUUAGGGGCCGUGAGGGGACCCUGACGGGACCGUAAGGGGCCGGCCGGGGGCCGCGGUCGUUCCCUUCGUGUUUUCGGCUUUGCGCCCCAGCGCCGCUGCAUUCUGUAUCCGGGUGUGUUUUGUGCUGGGUUCCUGAUAACCAGAAUCUCCACAGCCCCGCUGGCACCAAAACUUCCCCCCAAACUAUUCUCUGAGCAGCGCAGGAGUGUUGACGCUUAAUGUGCCAGGCAAGCUGCAAAACCGUCCUUAGUAAGGGAACUCUUGUCGCGUUUCUGCCACUUGCUUUCAGAUAUAUAAACGCUUUGGAGAGCUGACUUAACUGUGAUUUGGGUUAUGAGGUCUCCUGCCUUGUCGGUGAGCUUGUUUUCUGGACGUGGGCAGAAAAAGACUGUGUAGUUGAGAGAAACCAGUUUGGCUGCUGAAAUUCCAGUUCUCUCGUCCAACGGAAUCAACGUGAAUUUCUGCGGUUAAGAUCUGUCAGUCCUUCUUCAGCGCCUUCGAAGCUUUGGGUGGGUUCCCGAUCGACUUUCCUCUUGAAAUGCCUGCCUGGAAAAUUGAUAGACGCUGCUGGUAGUUCUAGCAGCAGAUUGAAGGCAAUUAAUAGGAGCAUUUUGAUUAUUAGGUGUACUUGGAGAAACGGGUGACGUUGUUUCUGAAGCCACGUGUUUUUAUUUGGAACGUUUCUUUCACGUCCCAGAGCGCUGCGUGAAAAAACCGAGUGGUUUGCUGAGAGCAGAAAGUUGAGGUUCUUAAUAAAGACAACAACAACAACAACAAAAAAAAAAGCAGGGCUUCUGGUUGACUUGAACUUUCAUGUCCUGGUAGACCAGGAUGAAACACGUUCAGCGGACGCUUCCCGGGAGCAACCUUCAGGGCCGCGCAGCUGCUUCAGGCCGCUGACUUCGGCGUCCGCUCUGACCAACUUCCAGGCUGCUCGCUGAGAAGCUAGCUUGUCCGGAGGAUGGAAAAAAAUAGCCACUAAGGGUGAACUUGCAGAUUUUGGAGUGAUUCUGGCUACUUUGGCUGAAAGGAAAACGAUGUCCAUUUGUAUUAGUUGAGAAAGCAGCAAAUUGUAAAGAAAUGAAGAUUUAGAAGGUGAUUUGCCAAGCGAAGAAGAUGGGGGCAAAUAGCAGCAGCAUCAGCGAGCUUCCGGAAAACGAAUACCUGAAAAAGUUGUCAGGAGCAGAGCCUAUCUCCGAGAAUGACCCCUUCUGGAAUCAGCUGCUGUCUUUUAGCUUUACUACUCCAACAAACAGUGCGGACUUAAAGCUCUUGGAAGAAGCCACCAUCUCAGUCUGCAAGUCUUUAGUUGAGAAGAAUCCUCGAACGGGAAACCUUGGGUCAUUGAUUAAAGUCUUUCUUUCUAGAACCAAAGAAUUAAAAAUAUCAGCAGAAUGCCAGAAUCACCUCUUUAUUUGGCAGGCUCACAAUGCGUUAUUUAUUAUCUGCUGUUUGCUGAAAGUGUUCAUCAGUACAAUGUCAGAAGAGGAACUGCAACUUCAUUUUACUUACGAGGAAAAAACGCCGGGCUCGUAUGGAACAGAGUGUGAAGACCUCAUAGAAGAGUUGCUGUGUUGCCUCAUCCAGCUCAUUGUUGAAAUUCCCCUCUUAGAUAUUACAUACAGCAUUUCCUUGGAGGCUGUGACAACGCUCGUCGUCUUCCUCUCCUGCCAGUUAUUUCACAAGGAAAUUCUGCGAGAAAGUCUCAUUCACAAAUACCUGAUGCAUGGUCGAUGUCUCCCAUAUACCAGCAGACUUGUGAAAACUCUGCUAUAUAACUUCAUUAGACAAGAAAGAAGCCCUCCUCCGGGGACCCAUAUCUUUCAGCAGCAAACAGAUGGAGGAGGACUGCUGUACGGAAUUGCAUCCGGGGUGGCAACUGGCCUGUGGACAGUCUUCACGUUAGGUGGAGUGGGGAGUAAACCAACGCCGCAGCUGGAGCAGUGCUCCCCUCUAGCUAAUCAGAGUCUGCUGCUUCUCCUGGUCUUAGCUAAUCUGACUGAUGCUCCGGAUACACCGAACCCCUACAGGCAAGCUAUUAUGUCCUUCAAGAACACCCAAGAUAGCAGUGCUUUUUCAUCAUCAAAUCCGCACGCUUUCCAGAUAAAUUUUAACAGUUUGUACACGGCUUUGUGUGAGCAGCAGAGAUCUGAUCAAGCGACUCUUCUUUUAUACAUGCUUCUGCAUCAAAAUGGCAACGUACGGACAUAUGUGUUGGCACGAACGGACAUAGAAAAUCUUGUUCUGCCAAUUCUUGAGAUUCUGUAUCACGUUGAAGAAAGGAAUUCACACCAUGUUUACAUGGCUCUUAUAAUUUUGCUAAUCCUUACAGAGGAUGAUGGCUUCAACCGAUCCAUUCAUGAAGUGAUACUGAAAAAUAUCACUUGGUAUGCUGAGCGUGUUUUAACAGAGAUCUCGCUUGGGAGUCUCCUGAUACUAGUUGUGAUAAGAACCAUCCAGUACAACAUGACACGGACAAGGGACAAAUACCUUCAUACAAAUUGUCUGGCUGCCUUAGCAAACAUGUCAGCGCAGUUCCGCUCUCUUCAUCAGUAUGCUGCUCAGAGGAUCAUCAGUUAUACCUGCCGCCACUUGCGGAGAUAUGUAUAUGUCUUGGACAAACUGUAUUUCCCCCACUCUCACUGCUCUACGCUGCAGCAUUGCUUCUCGACCCUCAGUGACAAUGGAGAGGAACUCUUGUCUUUAACUUGUUCUCACAUUCUCAGAUCCUAUGCUUCCAGUUUAUUUUCUUUGUUGUCUAAAAAACACAACAAGGUGUUGGAGCAAGCCACGCAGUCCUUAAGAGGUUCCCUUGAUUCAAAUGACACUCCGCUUCCUGAUUAUGCACAAGACCUGAAUGUGAUUGAGGAAGUGAUCCGAAUGAUGUUAGAGAUUAUCAACUCCUGCCUGACCAAUUCCCUUCAUCACAACCCAAACUUGGUGUACGCGCUGCUUUACAAGCGGGAUCUGUUCGAGCAAUUUAGAACUCACCCUUCCUUCCAGGACAUAAUGCAAAAUAUAGAUCUGGUGAUCAGCUUUUUUAGCUCCCGAUUAGAGCAAGCUGGAGCUGAACUGUCAGUGGAGCGGGUUCUGGAAAUCAUCAAGCAGGGAGCUCUUGCUUUGCCCAAAGACAGGCUAAGAAAGUUCCCAGAGCUCAAGUUCAAGUACGUAGAGGAGGAGCAGCCUGAAGAGUUCUUCAUCCCCUACGUUUGGUCUCUGGUGUACAACUCCGCCGUGGCCCUGUACUGGAACCCUCGCAACAUCCAGCUCUUCACAAUGGACUCUGGCUGAAGGAGACGCGCCCGCCGAGCCAGCUCGACUCCGUCGUCUUACAGAAAAUGAAACUCUGCACUGCGUGUGAAUACGUGACCCCUUCCAGUGUGCACCCUCCGACCCCAGAGCUUACAGAGAAUGAAGCUUGCUGCUCGUGUACAGUCCAGCAUCGAUGUUUCAGAAGCAGAUUGCCACAGACAGCCUGGCAACAGGCUGCGGUGUGAGGAACUGAUGCUUUGUAUGCAACCUUGUAUUUAUAGUCCUAUAACCUGGAGCUUGUUUGAAAAUGAGGCCUUACACAUGGGGUAUGAUGUUACUACCAACCACACAACUGAUUGUUCUUUUAACGGGGUAAAUGAGGAAAGAGAUUGUGGACUUUGAUUUGGAAGCAGCGUUUGUAUAUUCAUUUCUUUAAAGCGAGGCAGCUUCUUUGGGUCAAGCUUUCUAUGGUCUGUUGGAUUCUGCUGUGGGUUGCUCAUUACCUAAUACCGUGCUUUCAUUCACAGCCCUUUAUUUCGGUGACACUCUCAAGGCUGCAGUCCUUCAGUUGCUGUCUACACUGUCAUCCAAGUGAACUAGCAAGCAGCACAUUAAUCAAAUUAGCUCCCAGGCAGACUCAAAACACUUGAUUUAGAUGUCAAAAUGGGAGGAUUUUCAAUAGCAAGUCUUUUUUUUGUUUGUUUGACUGACAAAUAUUCUGUAGAGGGCUAGAAACACCAGCUUUCAGAGUAAAGUCCCUUACAGACUUGUUCUACUGUGCUUCUGUGCAAAAGUUGUCCCUGGAAACUGAACAUGUGAAAAAAAUCUCCAAAGAAAAUAAUUAUAAGAUUGUAAAAUAGACCAGUGUCCUGUAAAAACGUGUAAUGGUGACAGAGUGUUGUGGGGAUCCUUGGCAAUUUCUGUGUUGAAAAUGCCGUGUUUGCUAUUAAAGGUUUUAUGGCAGAAGUA